AUCGCUUCACAUCCCGGUUCACCUCCAACACCAUGGUCAAGAUCACUUUGGCUGCUGCCCUCCUCGGCGCUUCUGUCCUCGGCGUUGCCUCUGCCCAGUCUGCCGCUGGGGCUGCUCCGCUCUCUCACUACCUGUGGCCUCUUCCCAAAUCGGUGGUCGAUGCUGGCCAGGCCGUCUCGGUCUCUGGCUUUUGGCUCGACUUUAGCUCGUCGAAUGCCCAACUCGAGAACGUCGUCAUGUCGGCCUACAAUCGCUUCGACAAGAGUGCCAAGAUCAAGAAGGCUUACGGCGGCGACGGCCCCACCGUCCCCGUCAAAGUCGCGAUCCAGAAGAAAGUCCAGGCCGUCCCCGCCGAGCUGCCGGGCAUCGACGAGUCCUACACCCUUGCCGUUACUCCCAAGAAGGUCACUAUCACCGCUGCUACCCAGGCCGGCGCUGUCUAUGCUCUUCAGACUCUGUCGCAGCUCAUCACCAAGGACGGCAAGCUCCGCACCGGCACCAUCACCGAUGCUCCGCGCUUCUCUUACCGUGGCCUGAUGCUUGACACUGCCCGCAACUUCUUCCCCGUCGAGGAUAUCAAGCGCAUCAUCGACGGUCUGGCCUACUCCAAGCUCAACGUUCUCCACUGGCACAUCUACGACUCCCAGUCGUUCCCGAUCAAAUGGGACAAGUACCCCCAGCUCCUCAAUGCCGCCUACAAAGACGCCAGCGGCAAGCCCAAGGUCUACACCAAGCAGGAUGUCCAGAGCAUCAUCAAGUACGCCUUUGAGCGCAACGUCCGUGUGAUUCCCGAAUUCGAGACCCCCGGCCACAAUGCCGUCUUUGGCCACGUCGACCCCUCCUUCACUCUCGACUGGAACCAUUCGCCCUGGGACGGCAACAACGCCGAGUACUCCAACACCACCCUCCCUGGCGAGACAGGCCCUGUCAUUUGGUGGGGCCGCCACCACUGCAACCAGCCUCCAUGCGGCCAGCUCAACGUCCAGAAUCCCAAGGCCAUGGCCUUCCUGGACGAGCUCAUCACCGAGAUUGGCUCGUGGUUCGCCGAUCCCGUUGUGCAUGUCGGCCAUGACGAAGUCAACCUCCGCGGCUAUGGGCUUGCUCCCGACAACUGGGACGUCGUUCCCCAGGACCUCAUCCAUCCUCUGAUGCGCGAGUUUGAGCCCAAGCUCCUCAACAUCCUCAAGAAGAACAAGAAGACAUGGGCCUCUUGGGACGAGAGUCUGACUGACUUUGGCAUCGCCGACAUUGUCCCCAAGGACGGCAUCAUCACCCAGUGGCGUGCUGCCGAUGCCCCUGUCAACGCCUUGGCGGCCGCAGGCUUCCAGAACAUCGUCAUUGCCAACUCUGACUACUACUAUCUCGACUGCUCGCCCUCGGCGCGCUGGUGCUCGAGCGACUUUGAGCGCACCGUCCCGGCCGACAAGUACGAUCUUCCCGGCUAUGCCACCUUUUCAGGCCAGUGGCACAACUGGACCAAGAUCUACAACUUUGAUCCGCUCGCCGACGUCCUGCCCCAGUACCACGGCAACGUCCGCGGCGGCUUCGGCGCCCUGUGGUCCGAAACCAUCAAGCGCAAUAACCUCGACCGCUUCGCCUUCCCUCGAGUCUCGGUCAUCGGAGAGACCCUCUGGUCGUAUGGCAGCGUCAAGUACAGCGAGGCCGUCACUCCCCUGCGCCUGGAGCGCUUCCGCGCCUCACUCGUCAACGAGCUCAACAUCGAUGCUGCCACUCUCGACUACCUCGGCAACAAAGAGCCCACGAUCUACCGCCCCGAGAUCUGCGACGGUGAGGGUACCACCGCUCCUUUCCAGAAGACCAACGAGUGCUGCUUCCCCGGCGAGCCCCUCACCGGCGGCGACGGUGGCCCGCUCCUGCCCCCUGCGUACUAUGAGGCUCCCACGGACUACUGCCGCAUUGCUGGCAGCUAUGACACCGAUGCCAUCGUCCACAACAACCCCAGCCCCGUCCCCUAUCCUCUUUAAUGCGAAUAGCGCCCCCGCCUAUGCUGGGUACGGCCACUUCCUCACCUGUUGCGCCUGCCUGAUUUCUAUGUCCCCCACACCAACUGCUUUGUACUCGUAAUCGAUCCUGUCCAGAGUCUAUGUGAGCAAUAAAGCGAGAAAAGCGGGAUGCCGGCUUUCUCGACGUACUUGAUGGAUGA